AUGGCCCGCGCGAAGCAGCCCGCCAUCAGGCGCGAGUCUUCGUCCGAGUACUUCAACAAGAGCACGGCAUCGUGGGAGGACGCCAACGGCGUCGGCAAAGACGGGCGGGUGCUGGCCAAUGGCGGCGCCAAGGGGCGGGCGGUCGAGGGGAGGGUCGUGGGCGAGCCGGCUGCCGGGCUGCUGCAGCUCGUCGUGUCGGUCGCGGGCAUCUAUGCGUCCUUCUUGACGUGGGCCUAUCUGCAGGAGAAGCUGACGACGACGACAUACGGCCCUGUCUCGGCGCCGGAGCGGUGGCACUUCCCCGUCUUCCUCAACACGGUGCAGUCGGUGCUCGCCGCGGCGGUCGGGUUCGUGUACCUGAGACUGUCGACGCCGCGCGGCGCGGCCGUGGCACCCGUGAUCCCGUCACGCCGCAUCCUCGGCCCGCUGGCGCUCGUGGCCGUGACGAGCAGCUUGGCCAGCCCUUUUGGGUACGCGAGCCUGGCGCACAUUGACUACAUCACCUUUCUGCUGGCCAAGAGCUGCAAGCUGCUGCCUGUCAUGUUCCUCCACAUCACCCUCUUCCGCAGGCGUUACCCGCUCUACAAAUACCUCGUCGUCGCGGCCGUGACGGCCGGCGUCGCCGUCUUCACCCUGCACUCGGGCCGCAAGAAGCACAAGCCGUCGUCGUCGAGCGGCGACGGCGGAUCCAACAGCUUUGCCUGGGGCUUGCUGCUGCUCUCCAUCAACCUGCUCUUCGACGGCCUGACCAACAGCACGCAGGACUACAUCUUCCAGACCUUUCGCCCUUACAGCGGCCCGCAGAUGAUGUGCGCCAACAACGUCAUGAGCACCCUCGUCACGGGCUUCUACCUCGUCGCCAGCCCCUUCCUCGUCGCCACGGGCGUCGGCGACUGGCUCGGCAUGGACGUGGCCGGCUCCGCGGGCGAGCUCGGCGGCGCCCUCGGCUUCAUGGCCCGCUACCCUUCGGUCUGGAAGGACGUCCUCGGCUUCGCGGCGUGCGGCGCCGUCGGCCAGGUCUUUAUCUUCUACACCCUCUCCACCUUCUCCUCGGUCCUCCUCGUCACCGUCACCGUCACGCGCAAGAUGUUCACCAUGAUCCUGUCCGUCGUCGCCUUUGGCCACCGCCUCUCCCGCAUGCAGUGGCUCGGCGUAGCCCUCGUCUUUGGCGGCAUUGGCGUCGAGGCCGCCAUCGCCCGCCAGGAGAAGAUGGCCAAGGACGCCGCCAAGCGCGCCGCCGCCCCGUCCUCCAAGAAGGAGUCCUGA